GGCGUCUAUAAUUGAGUUUGUGUGAUAAAAUCAUACAGAGAGCAAGAUCAAGACGAGAACACCAGUCGUGUGAACGGACGUCUCUCGUCAUGUUGAUCAAAGAGUAUCGCAUCUGCAUGCCUCUCACCGUCGACGAGUAUCGGAUAGGUCAACUCUACAUGAUUGCCAAGCACAGCCACGACGAGACAGCCCGCGGAGAGGGCGUCGAAGUCGUGUAUAACGAACAGAGGCGUCAUCCGGUCCACGGUUUGGGACAAUACACGGAGAAGAAGAUCCACCUUUCGAGCAAACUGCCGGGCUGGGUGCGUGCUGCUAUUCCCAAAAUCUUCUACGUUACGGAGAAAGCGUGGAAUUUCUACCCUCUGACAUUGACCGAAUAUUCGUGUUCGUUUGUUCCUCGAUUGUUGAUUGAGAUUCAGACACGUUAUGAAGAUAACAAUGGCUCUUCCGACAAUGCAUUAUCAUUGUCACCAGAGGAGUUGCAGCAGAGAGAAGUGGACCAUGUCGAUAUAGCCUACGACGUUUACCCUGAGAAGCAUUACGUACGAGACGAGGAUUGCAGGUAUUUUAAGUCUACGAAGACUGAUCGUGGUCCUCUGCAGCCUGAUUGGAAGUCUCAUACACGACCAAUCAUGUGCUCAUACAAGGUGGUAAAGGUUCACUUUGGGGUGUGGGGUCUUCAGACAAAAGUGGAAUCGUAUAUACACAGAGGCAUACGUGACAUUCUUCUUGUUGGGCAUCGGCAGGCAUUUGCAUGGAUUGAUAGCUGGCAUGGAAUGACAAUGGACGAUGUACGAAAACUUGAGCAGCAGUUUCAAGACAAGACAAACAAGAAAAUUCACGGGCUCGAUAGUGACAGCAGUACCUCGGGUACAACAGUGCGAGCAAGCGGGAAGUGUUGACUCAACAACAGAAGGAGUACAGUAGAGUAAAGAUGAUAGAUGGAUAACCUUUUAUUUUAUACGAUUUGAAAAUUUUUUUUGAUAGUUGCCAACCAUAUUCAGUUACUGCUUUAUUUGUAUUUAAAGCAGUCAAUUACUAACUUGGUGUAAAUGUAUGUAUACAUAUAUUUUACUCAGUUACCAUUGAGAAAGAACAAAAUAUGGGCUGCUGUGUUAUGUUGAUGGAGGUUUUGAUUGAGCAAAGAAAAGUGAUAUCUAGGGCAGGUAGUUGGUAUCAUGUUGACUGUCAUUGCAGUACAGCACUCUUGAACACU